GUAGUGCUCCCUCCCCAUCUCAACAAUCCGAAGAUCUCCGUACCGUUGACCAACACCAACCGGCCGGCGCACGCUCCUCCUGCGCCCACCAUGGCCGGCAGCGACGCCGACCGCGAGAAGAGCUGCUGCUGCAGCUGCUGCACGCCGCUCAUCUCCCUGGGCGUCGUCGUGCUCAUGUACUGGGCCAUCUUCCAGCCGCACCAGAUACGCGCCAGGGUGGACUACGCGGAGCUGUCCAGCCUCAGCGUCUCCAACGCUUCAUCCGGCUCCUCCCCCUCCCCCGUCACGGUGUCCUACCACGUGGCCGUGAACCUGAGCCUCUACAACCCCAGCAAGCGCGUCGGCAUCUACUACGACACCCUGGACGCCGCGCUCCGGUACCGCGGCGCCGUGCUGAGCCCGGCCGCCAGCGCGGCGUCCCCCGCCGAGUUCCACCAGCGCCGGAAGGCCGGGCGGGCGGUGCGCCUCGUGUUCGACGGGGAGCGCGUCGCCGUUCCAGGCGACGCCGGGACGCAGCUGGACGGCGAGGUGAGGGCCAAGGCGGAGCUGGGCCUGGAGCUCAGCGUCGAAGCGCGGGUGAGGUACGUGUUCGGGAUCGUAAAGGUACGGCAGAGGCCGGCGGUCUGGUGCGCGCUCAGCAUCCCGGUCCCGCCGGUGCCCGGCGGCCUGGGCGUUCUUGGCUCCGGCGACCGGUGCCGGGUCAAGUACCGGUGAUUGAUUGUUGGGUUCAGUUGGCUUGUUGUUCGCAGUACCAGUACCAUUAUUCACUUGUUAUUAGGCUGGGCCUUGUGAUUCAUCCAGAACAGCAAA